AUGGAAGCGCCGCUGAUCCCGGGGCUGCCGGACGAGAUCUCCCGAGAAUGCUUAGUGAGGGUCCCCCGGGAGGUCCUCCCGGCGGCCCGGGAUGUCUGCAAGCUCUGGCGGCAGGAGGUCCAUUCCCGUUCCUUCUACCGACUCCGCCAGGCCAGCGGCCUGUCCCGCCCCCUGGUGGCGCUGGCCCAGAUCGACCGCCCCUGUGCCGGCUCCGGCAAGGCCAUAUCCUACUCGCUCGUCCUCUUCGAGCCCCACUCCGGCAAGUGGAGCUCCCUCCCCCCCGUCCCCGGCAGCCGCCUCCCCAUCUUCUCCCAGAUCACCGCCGCGGGCAGGGAACUGGUGGUGCUCGGCGGGUGGGAUCCGGCGACCUGGAUCGCCACCAACAAGGUCUUCAUCUACGACCUCGCUUCCGGCGUGUGGCGGGUGGGGUCCCGCAUGCCGGGGCCCCGCCGCUCCUUCUUCGCCUGCGCGGCGGCCCCCGACGGCCGCACGGUGUACAUCGCCGGCGGCCACGACGAGGAGAAGAACUCCCUCAGAUCCGCCAUAGCCUACAACGUGGAGACCGACUCAUGGUCUCCCCUGCCGGACAUGUCCACGGAACGCGACGAGUGCGGCGGCGUGUUCCGCCGCGGCACCUUCCUCGUCGUCGGCGGGUACUCCACCGAGAUGCAGGGCCACUUCGGGAAGACCUCCGAGGCCUUCGACCCGGCCACCGGGCGGUGGGGUCCGGUGGAGGAGGAUACAUUGGGGGACGCCGGCGCAUCCUCCAAGGGCGUCGUCGCCGGCGCCGACGGGCGGCUGUUCAGGAGCGCGGAGGGCCAUGUGGAGGUACUGGAAGAGGCGGCGAUGGCUUGGCGGAAGGUGGCGGAGCUCCCCGAUUCAGGCGACGGCAAGAAGGCGGUGGCCCCCUGCCUGGUGGCCUGGCCGGGGGCCGAGAACAAGCUUACCCUCAUCGGGUCCUCCCGCCAUGGCAGCCCCCCCUCGGUCUACACACUGGAGAUGGAUCUGGCGGGGGAGAAGGACCUCCUACGGUGGGUUCCAGAGCCGGCACCCCCGGAAGGCCUCACCGGCCAUGUCCAGACGGCCUGCUGCUUGGAGAUUUGA